AUGGCAGCUCCUCCGGAAAAACAUAUUCAUGAUAUCAAUGGAUCUUGGUUACUUAACAAACGUCUAUCGGAUCCUAUUGAACAUAUCCUCCGACUUCAAAACGUGAAUUGGUUUUUACGACGCGGCAUAUGUUUCGCAGAAGUAAUCCUGCAUGCAACGCAGACACAGGAUGAGGAUGGUCUGGCUACACUCACCAUGGAGAGAGUUGCCAGCGUGGGACUCGCAGGCUCGACGGAAAUUAGACCAUUGAAUUGGGAUACGAAAGAAUUUAAAGAUCAUAUAUGGGGGAAUACACGGACACGAAGCAGAUAUAUUCCUACCGCGGACGUAGAAGAAGGAGAGGAUUUCCUCACGUCGGGAUGGCUAGAGGAGACGGCUUUAGGUCUUUGCAUUCAGGAUAAAACGGAAUCGGCAACGGGUUCAUGGUCAAGUGUUACAGUAUGGGGUUUUGAAAUGAUCAAGGAAGAGCGGAGAUUAGCACGACACAUUCUUGUUCGAAAGGGAUAUGAGAUUGCAAUGGCAAAGUUGAUCUAUGACUAUAUCGGACCUCUUUCCGGUGAUCACGGCGCAUAG